GCUGUCAUGAACGAAAGUACUUCCAACCAAAGUCACUUAGGGGAUGGAAUCCACACGAUUGGCGUCAUUGACGUGGGACAACAGCGAGAGUUUCGAGCGCAGUCUGACUCGCCCCUGCCAAACAAUAUCAAGAAAACCCGACAAUCGAGGAUUAAGUUCCAGCUCGCAAAGGAACGUAAAGCCUCAACUACACUAGGAAUCAUUAUGAGUGCGUUCAUCAUCUGCUGGCUGCCCUUUUUUGUGCUGGCUUUGGUGCGUCCGUUUUUACGAGACCCGAACUCCAUCCCAAUCUCGGUCUCGUCGCUCUUUUUGUGGCUGGGCUACGCCAACUCAACACUCAACCCCAUCAUCUACGCCACACUCAACAAGGACUUCAGAAGGCCUUUCCAGGAGAUCUUGUGUCUGCGGUGCUCGUCGCUGAAUAACCUCAUGCGCGAGGACUUCUACCACUCGCAGUUCGGCCCCGACACGCCCACGCUAUCACACGUACGCGUCAACGCGCCCCACGACAGGGUCGACUCCUGCGAGGACGCUCCUGCCAACGAUCAGCUCUCGUAGACGCAGAGCUUCACGAACUAUUGUGGUUCAGCUUCUGCCCGUCACAUGCAGCUGGCA